AUGGCUUCACUCGGCUUACAUUAUCCCCAGUCCAUUGGUGCUCUCGGCCAGCUUGCUAUAGUGUGUGGGUUGGUUGCUGUGGCAUGGCUUCUCUAUAGUCUAUCAACCCAAACAGACAUCUCCAAAAUCAAGGGCAUAUACGAAAUCCCAAAUGCCUGGCCGAUCGUUGGGCAUCUCCUCCAGCUUGGAGAGGAUCAUGCCACCGUUUGCGAAAAAUGGUGGCGGCAACACAAACACUCCGUCUUCCAAAUCCGUCUCGGCAACACCAGAGCCGUCGUCGUCAACAACUUCGAGGAUUGCAAGAAGAUGCUCGUGGGGCGGCAGUCAGCUGUCAUCGAUCGUCCGAAGCUGUAUACUUUCCACGGAGUGAUUUCUUCGACGCAGGGGUUUACAAUUGGGUCUUCGCCGUGGGAUGAUAGUUGCAAGAACAAACGAAAAGCCGCGGGGACCACACUUGGAAGGCCGGCUAUGAAAGGCUACUAUCCCAUGUUUGACCUUGAGACGUAUUGUGUCGUGCGAGAUCUCGCCAAAGAUAGCAAGGGUGGAACGGAAUACCUCAACAUCAGACCCUACCUUCAGCGCUAUGCCCUGAACACGACUCUCACCCUCUGCUAUGGCAUCCGGAUGGACAGCGUUUGGGACGACAUGCUGAGAGAAGUCCUCGAAGUCGGCAGCGCCAUCAGCUUGCUACGAAGUGCCUCCGAGAACUAUCAAGACUACAUUCCAAUCCUCCGCUACCUGCCCAACAACGAAAAAACCCAACGAAGCAAAUCCCUCCGCGACCGCCGCGACAAAUACCUCAACGAACUCCUCGACAAAGUCCGCGAAAUGAUCCAGCACAACACCGACAAACCCUGCGUCUCCGCCGCGAUCCUCAAAGACGAAGAGACGAAACUGAGCGGUGUCGAAGUCUCCUCUAUCUGCCUCUCGCUCGUCUCAGGAGGCUUCGAAACCAUACCAGGAACUUUGACCAGCUGCAUCGGCUCGUUGUCCACCAAGGAAGGGCAAGUCUUCCAAGACCGCGCGUACGACGACAUCAAACGCCACUACCCCAACAUCGAAGACGCCUGGACGAAAUCCCUCGAGGUCGAGGAAGUUCCCUACGUCAACGCCAUUGUCAAGGAGGCCGGGAGGUACUAUACCGUUUCCGCCAUGAGCUUGCCCCGAAAGGCGUACACGGACAUCGAAUGGGAGGGCUCGACGAUCCCCAAGGGAACGAUGAUUUUGAUCAACGCGCAGGCGGGGAAUCAUGAAGUGGAGCAUUUUGGUCCUGACGCCGCGACGUUCAAUCCGGAGAGGUGGUUGGAGUCGACGGAGCCGGCGAGGGAGGUUCCUUCGACGGGUUUGCAGCACCUUUCGUUUGGAGCUGGGAGUCGGGCUUGCUCGGGGCAGUAUAUUGCGAGCCGCCUCCUAUAUACAGCUCUCAUCCGGUUGAUCUGCAGCUACAAGAUUGUCGCCAGUGAGGAGGAGCCGCCCAAUACGGACUACGUGGACUAUAAUCAGUUCAAGUCUGCUCUGGUUGCCAUUCCGCGAGACUUCAAGGUGAAGUUGAUUCCGAGGGAGCCGGAGACUCUGGACAAGUGUCUGAACUUGGCUAGUGAGCGGACGAAAGACGCUUAUGCAUAG